AUGAAUACAGGAGCUCUUACAAUAGAUAUAGCUGAAAUAGAUGAUAAAUCUGUGAUUAUAAAUGAAAAUGUUGUAAAUGGUCUCAGUCAGACAGUAAUAACGCCCAAGGAAGGUGGAUUCAUUGGGAUAGUACGAGAGGGAGAUUCGGAAAUAUGGAGGAGUGAUGGUUAUGAACUCGGGAUAGAUCUACGCAUAUUUUCUAGUAACGGAUCUAUCAAAAUAGUGACCAUACUCAUGAACUCUCCAGGUAGACCCAUUCUUAGAAGCUUUAGAAAAAAGAGAAAUAAAUGGAAAAUUAUAAGAACAGGGAGACUCGGUAAGAAACUCAGGAAGAUGUUAAAGAAUAAAAUGUACGCUGAAUUCAUACCACAUUUAGAAGACAUUGAGGAGGAAUAUUGCGAAUUUGAAAAUGUAGCUACAGAAAUGAUUAGUGUAGAAACACAAUCAAUUAAAGGACCAUAUUCAACUGGUGCUUUUCCUGGUAAGGCACAUCAAUUUAAAAACUUGAUUAAUUUAGUCCCAUGGAUUUAUACACAGUACAAUCCAUAUUAA